UUUUCUAUAAUCUCAAUCCCUACAUAUCUGUUCUUGUUCUCAUGCCCUUCUGCUUGCAGCUGAUAAUUGCAAUUGGGAUUUUUGGGAACAACUCGGUCUUUUUGCUCUACUUGUCGGACUUCUAUUGAAAUUUGAACUUUAAUUUGAAAGCAUAGUAAUGCAAUCACUUUUAUGACUGAUUCAAAUUCCUCAGUGUUGGCUUCAUUUUAAGCUAAAAGGAAUUUGAGUUUUUAGUUAUUGGGUGCCUGCUUGUGUGUGCUUUGGUUUUUUCUGUUUUGCCACCUCGAAGUUUGAGUGAAAUGGGAAGAUUAUGUUCUGUCUUUUUAAUUUUUUCCUCGAUUUUAAUCUUUGGUGGUCACUACUUCGAGGGAGGAUCAGCAACAACGGUCACAUAUGAUAGCAAAGCACUUGUAAUCGAUGGCAAGAGGAGGUUACUGUUUUCAGGCUCGAUUCACUACCCUCGGAGCACACCUGAGGUGUGGCCAGAACUUAUCAGGAAAUCCAAGGAAGGGGGACUCGACGUAAUCGAAAGUUAUGUCUUCUGGAACUACCAUGAACCCGUGCGAGGACAGUAUUAUUUUGAAGGAAGGUUUGAUUUGGUGAAGUUUGUGAAGAUGGUCCAGGAGGCAGGACUUUUUGUGCAUCUGAGGAUUGGCCCAUAUGCUUGUGCUGAAUGGAAUUAUGGGGGCUUCCCUAUGUGGCUGCACUUCAUUCCUGGGAUUCAAUUUCGGACCACUAACUCACUAUUUAAGAACGAGAUGGAGCGGUUUCUUGUAAAGAUCGUGACUCUUAUGAAAGAGCAAAACUUGUUUGCAUCACAAGGUGGGCCUAUCAUUCUUUCACAGGUUGAAAAUGAAUAUGGUAAUGUUGAAUGGGCAUAUGGGAUUGGUGGAGCUUUGUAUGUGCAGUGGGCUGCAUCUACCGCUGUUGCUCUUAAUACCACUGUUCCUUGGGUCAUGUGCCAGCAAGAAGAUGCACCAGACCCAAUUAUAAAUACAUGCAAUGGUUUUUACUGUGAUAGAUUUACACCAAAUUCUGCUUCAAAGCCAAAGAUGUGGACAGAGAGCUAUAGUGGAUGGUUCCUAUCUUUUGGCUAUGCAAUUCCUUAUAGACCUGUAGAGGACCUUGCUUUUUCAGUUGCUCGUUUUUUCGAAACAGGAGGCACUUUCCAAAACUAUUACAUGUAUUUUGGAGGAACAAAUUUUGGACGGACAGCUGGAGGUCCUUUGGUUGCAACAAGUUAUGACUAUGAUGCUCCAAUUGAUGAAUAUGGUUUUCUUAGGCAGCCAAAGUGGAGCCACCUACGAGAUCUGCACAAGGCCAUAAAGAUUUGUGAAGAUUAUUUGGUUAAUUUAGAUCCGACUUACAUGUCAAUUGGUUCAAAUUUAGAGGCACAUAUCUACAAUGGAACAGCAGGAUGUGCUGCAUUUCUUGCUAACAUUGACCAUAGUUUAGAUGCAAAUGUGUCAUUCAAUGGAAACUUAUAUACUCUUCCUGCUUGGUCUGUUAGCAUUCUUCCAGACUGCAAAAAUGUCAUUUUUAACACUGCAAAGGUUGUUUCACAAAAAUCUACUGCUGGUUCAUCACAUCAACAUAAAGUCAACAAGGAGUACUUUCUAGAAUCCUCAGCAUGGCAGUGGUAUAAAGAACAAGUGGGAACUCAGUAUAACAACUCAUUUGUUGCACCAGGUCUUUUGGAACAGAUUAAUACCACAAGGGACAUUAGCGACUAUUUAUGGUAUUCAAUUAGUAUAAAUGUGAAUGAAGAGGCAAAAGAAGUAUUUCUUCAUAUUGGGAGUUUGGGACAUGCAGCACUACUCUUCAUAAAUAAAAGACUUGAAGGAUUUGGAUAUGGCGACCAUGAUGAUGCAAAUUUCACAAUUGACAAGCAAAUUAAGCUCAAUCAAGGGAAUAAUUCACUAGAGUUGUUAAGUAUGAUGGUCGGGCUACAGAACUAUGGACCUUGGUUUGAUAUUGCUGGUGCUGGUAUCUACUUAGUGACACUUGAUGCUGUGGAGGAUCUUUCUGUUAGAGAAUGGACCUAUCAGGUGGGCACAGAAGGUGAGUAUCUUGGACUUGACAAUGUGAACCAUGCAAAUAGUUCAGUUUGGUCUUCAGGGAACCUACUGCCAACUAACCAGAGUCUGAUAUGGUACAAGACAUCGUUUACUCCACCAGAAGGAAAUGGUCCAUUGGCAUUAAAUCUUUCAAGCAUGGGAAAGGGCCAGGCAUGGGUUAAUGGACAGAGUAUAGGGCGAUACUGGCCUGCUUAUCUGUCGCCAUCAACAGGCUGCUCAGAAGGUUGCGAUUACCGAGGACCAUAUGAUUCAAAUAAAUGCUUAAAGAGCUGUGGGCAACCUGCUCAAAUACUGUAUCACAUUCCGCGAUCCUGGGUACAUCCUGGCAAAAAUCUAUUGGUUCUGCAUGAAGAACUUGGUGGUGAUCCUACUAAGAUUACAAUACUGACCAAAACAGGAGAAGCAGCAUGCGCACAUGUAUCUGAAUUGGAUCCUCCACCUGUAGACUCCUGGAAACCAAACUCCACAGCUACAUCAAUGGACCCUGAGCUUCGGUUGUCAUGUGAGCAAGGAUGGCAUAUUGUUCUGGUAAAUUUUGCAAGCUUUGGCAUGCCUCAAGGACAAUGUGGAUUCUUCAGUCAUGGGACUUGCAGUUCAGAUGGUGUUCUUCCAAUCAUCCAAAAGGAAUGCAUUGGUCGUGAGAGCUGCUCAGUAACUGUGUCAACCCUCGAGUUUGGGGAUCCAUGCCCAGGAGUUCCCAAAAGCCUUGCAGUGGAAGUACUUUGCAGUGAAUAACUUGCACACUAGCAAUGAAGGCAUCUUGUUCCCACCUGUCUUCUCUUACCUCACUUGUCUUUUAUGUAAAUGUGCAACCGAACGCUACGCAUUAUUGUGAUCAACUGAACAGUUGCUGAUAGGAAAAACCUUUGGUGCAACUGAUACAUAAAUUAUUUAUGAAUUAAUAUGUAAAGCUUCUCAACCCUUUUUGAGUUAAUGGUGGAUAAUUAACUG